GAAGUUGGUUCUGCAAACCAGAGUCCUGGGCAGAGAUCCUCCGGGGAAAUCUACAAACGGAAACAAGGAGCCAUUGCCGUACCAGCAGUUUUUCUUGGAGAAGAAAUCAUUCUAAGCCAACCUCCCUUUUCUGAAAAGAUUCUCAAAAUCCACCUUCCCUCCAGGAUGCCGCUCGAGGGACGUUAUGAUUUGGAUACAGUGUAAAAACUAUUUGCUUUUGUUUUCACCACUCUGAGUUAUAAAAUCCCACUCUCUGAUGUUUCGUUUCCUUUCAAGAAAAGUCCAACUACUGGGCUAAUUUGAAUACCGCUGCGAGUCAGAGAACUACAGUUUUAAGAAGCCCUCAGAAGCCAGAAAAGAGAGAGGACUACAACUCCCAGAAUGCAGCGCUUCAGUCUCUCAGGGCCGCUCCUUCCACAUACCCAAUGAGCAGGGGCAGCGAGCCAUCUCUCUCUCUCUCUCUGUUCCAUUGGUCAGCCUUCCCACGUGCAGGGCGGAGCGGGGAGGAGCGAAACUGAGGGCUCCGGAGGGCACGUUUCCCGCCAUCCCCAGAAAACAGGAAGAAAACUGGAAAACGGAUCUCUCCAUUGGACACUCGCUAGUCUGACGUCAGAGAGUUUAGCCAGUAAGAUUACGUAUUGCUCCCGGAGUCCUCGCCUCUUCCUCUGGGUGCACUUUGGUGGCGGGAAAAGUCGGGAGGGUUCUCUCGCGGCGGUGCAGUCGCAUCUCGGGGCAGCAGGCAUGGCGGGGACCGUGGUGCUGGACGACGUGGAGCUGCGGGAGGCUCAGCGGGACUACCUGGACUUCUUGGAUGACGAGGAAGACCAGGGAGUGUAUCAGAGCAAAGUUCGGGACAUGAUCAGUGACAGCCAGUACCGGCUGAUUGUCAGCGUGAACGACCUUCGCAGGAAAAAUGAGAGGAGAGCCAACCGCCUUCUGAGCAAUGCGUUUGAGGAGCUGGUUGCCUUCCAGCGGGCCUUGAAGGAUUUUGUGGCCUCCAUUGAUGCUACCUACGCCAAGCAGUACGAGGAGUUCUACAUAGGCCUGGAGGGCAGCUUUGGCUCCAAGCACGUCUCUCCCCGGACUCUCACUUCCUGCUUCCUCAGCUGCGUGGUCUGUGUGGAGGGCAUCGUCACUAAGUGCUCUCUAGUUCGUCCCAAAGUCGUUCGCAGUGUCCACUACUGUCCUGCUACCAAGAAGACUAUAGAGCGACGUUAUUCUGAUCUCACUAACCUGGUGGCCUUUCCGUCCAGCUCUGUCUAUCCCACCAAGGACGAGGAGAACAACCCCCUUGAGACAGAAUACGGCCUUUCUGUCUAUAAGGACCACCAGACCGUCACCAUCCAGGAGAUGCCGGAGAAGGCCCCCGCCGGCCAGCUGCCCCGCUCUGUGGAUGUCAUUCUGGAUGACGACUUGGUGGAUAAAGUGAAGCCUGGGGACCGAGUCCAGGUGGUGGGGACCUACCGCUGCCUUCCUGGAAAGAAAGGAGGCUACACCUCAGGGACCUUCAGGACUGUCCUGAUUGCCUGCAAUGUGAAGCAGAUGAGCAAGGACAUCCAGCCGUCCUUCUCUGCUGAGGACAUUGCCAAGAUCAAGAAGUUCAGCAAAACUCGUUCCAAGGAUGUCUUUGACCAGCUGGCCAGAUCGCUGGCCCCCAGCAUCCAUGGGCACGACUACGUCAAGAAGGCCAUCCUCUGCCUGCUGCUGGGCGGGGUGGAGCGAGACCUAGAGAACGGCAGCCACAUCCGUGGGGACAUCAAUAUUCUUCUGAUAGGAGACCCCUCGGUCGCCAAGUCUCAGCUCCUGCGGUACGUGCUGUGCACCGCGCCCCGCGCGAUCCCCACCACCGGCCGUGGCUCCUCUGGCGUGGGCCUCACCGCUGCGGUCACCACAGACCAGGAAACAGGGGAGCGUCGUCUCGAGGCGGGGGCCAUGGUCCUGGCUGACAGAGGUGUGGUGUGCAUCGACGAAUUUGACAAGAUGUCCGAUAUGGACCGCACGGCCAUCCAUGAGGUGAUGGAGCAGGGGCGAGUGACCAUCGCCAAGGCUGGCAUCCACGCUCGCCUGAAUGCCCGCUGCAGUGUUUUGGCAGCUGCCAACCCCGUCUAUGGCCGGUACGACCAGUACAAGACCCCGAUGGAGAACAUUGGGCUUCAGGACUCGCUGCUGUCUCGCUUCGACUUGCUCUUCAUUAUGCUGGAUCAGAUGGACCCGGAGCAGGACCGGGAGAUCUCGGACCACGUCCUGAGGAUGCACCGUUACAGGGCGCCUGGGGAGCAGGAUGGCGACGCUAUGCCCUUGGGUAGUGCUGUUGAUAUCCUGGCCACAGAUGACCCCGACUUUACCCAGGACGACCAGCCAGACACUCAGAUUUAUGAGAAGCAUGACAACCUGCUGCAUGGGACCAAGAAGAAAAAGGAGAAGAUGGUGAGUGCGGCGUUCAUGAAGAAGUACAUUCACGUGGCCAGAAUCAUCAAGCCCGUCCUGACGCAGGAGUCGGCCGCCUACAUCGCGGAAGAGUACUCACGCCUGCGCAGCCAGGACAGCAUGAGCUCGGACACCGCCAGGACGUCCCCGGUUACGGCACGCACGCUGGAAACCCUGAUUCGAUUGUCCACAGCCCAUGCCAAGGCUCGCAUGAGCAAGACGGUGGACCUGCAGGACGCGGAGGAGGCCGUGGAGCUGGUCCAGUACGCCUACUUCAAGAAGGUUCUGGAGAAGGAGAAGAAGCGUAAGAAGCGAAGCGAUGAUGAGUCAGAGACGGAGGAUGAGGAAGAACAAAGCCAGGAGGAGCAGGAGCGGAAGAGGAAGAGGAGGAAGACUCGUCAGUCGGAUGCCAAGGAUGGAGACUCGUAUGACCCCUAUGACUUCAGUGACGCAGAGGAGGAAAUGCCUCAGGUGCAUACCCCGAAGACGGCAGACUCGCAGGAGCCCCAGGAGCCCCAGAAGGUGGAGCUCAGUGAGUCCAGGCUGAAGGCCUUCAAGGUGGCGCUCCUGAACGUGUUCCGGGAAGCGCACGCGCAGUCGGUGGGCCUGACGCACCUCACGGAGUCCAUCAAUCGGGACAAGGAGGAGCCCUUCUCUGCGGAGGAGAUCCAGGCUGCACUGGACAGGAUGCAGGAUGACAACCAGGUCAUGCUGUCUGAGGGCAUCGUCUUCCUCAUCUGAAACGGCUCAUGGCUGUGCCUCCACCCUUGCCUUUCCCUGUAGCAGUGCGUGAUUGGACGAAGAUGGCUCGGCCUGCGGCGGCGGGGGUGGGUAUGAUGGCUGUCGUGGGGUGCGGGGAGCAGGCAGGGGGCGGGACCAGGGCUCUGCAUGUCCACAGCAGGACGGGGUCAUCCACCCACUCCCCAUCCAUCGGCAGACUGGUGUUGUUUCACGUAGACGUGACUGAGUAUGUUUGUGAGCGCAGAGGCUUUCUGUUUGUCGUUUCUGUUUGUUGACUGUUUUUUGUUUUUUUUUUCUCUUGAGCACUUUGGUUGGGAAAAACCUUUGAGUUUUGUGCUGAUAAACUAGAGGGGCACUGAGGCGGGCUGCGCGGGCCAAGAAAGCUUUCUUUGCAGACUUGUAUGUGUUUUUGACCUAAAUAUUUAGGGCAUUGAAUAAACAGACCUGCUUUGUA